AUGGCGCGGUGGUGGCGCAGCGGCGCUCCGGCGGCGGUGGCGGUGAACGCGAACGGGGUGGCAGAGGGGUGCUCACCGGCGGCGAUCGUGGCGGACAGGGGCGGCACCGGCGGCCAGUGGGGAGGUGGCUUCGGGACGGGGCGAAGGGAUGGGGAAUUGGAGGAGGUCGCGAGGGUGCCCUAUGCCGGCGGAAUCAGACGGGGACGGCACAGGGACGGCGGAUUUGGGCAGUGGAGGCCGGCGGCCAUGGCGCUAAAGCAGAGCAAGGCGGUUGCGGGCGCGGUGGCGCACGACGCGCGCACGACGAGUGCGAGCGCGGUGACAGAGGGGGAGCUAGGCAGGUGGGAGCGAGGCGAAGGCGAGGCCAGCCGAGCGCGCGGGCAAGGUCGGCUCGGCCAUUUAUGCGGCGGCGACAGGGCGGUUCGGGGAACAGAGGACAACGACGCGGCGGCAAUGGGUGAGGCGGGGGCCGGGACGCCCAGGGCGCGCGGGCGGUAG